CCAUCAGCAAAUAAAAACUACAAGUACCAAACUGAUGCUGACAGGAAACUAAAAUGAAGUCAAAAUAAGAGAAAUAAAAACAUGUUCUAAUAACUCUGAUCAUAUAAAAUAGUUGAGUUGUGUGACUGAGGCAUGAACACAGAAAGUCUGGUACAGGUUAAGUGACAAUAAUCAUGUUUUUAGUUCUUAAACAUAGCAAAUGAUGUUUCUACAUCCCACAUGAAUUCGCAUUAGUUGCCUCACACUCACUUUUUUGUGUGCAUGUAAACGGGUUCAUUGCUAUGCAGAAAGACAAACGUACACAAACACUAUAAACACAUGAGGGCACGCACAAACACAUAAGAACUGCACACAGAAACACACACAAACCAAAACUAGAGACAUCCUCCCACUGCACAAACAAAACCAAAAAGCACCUGUCAAACUGGUAGUUUCGAGUGGUGGAAUGGAUGGGUAGGUGGAGUGGAGGAGACAUAGAGGGAGGUGCGGAAGAAGAGAGAGAGGAAGAGAGAAAGAUCGCCUUUAAAAAGCAGAUUAAAACAGGUUACGCAUCUCAUUCUGGAGGAAAUCAGACACACAUACACACACACACACACACACACAGUGUUUUGGACUAUGGCUUCCACAACCGUAGGUGAUAUUCUGCCCACAGGCGGCAGGAUCUUAACCUCCAUUCCUGACCUGUUCUUCAUCCCCGAGUUUGUGUUCGGUGGUUUGGUGUGGAUGCUGGUGGCGUCCACCUACGUGGAACCUGAGAACCCUCUGGGCUGGGUGAUGUUCGUCUCCGUCUUCUGCUUCGUCAUGACGACACUCUGGUUCUUCAUCUUCCUCUGUGGAGCCAAUCAGAGCAAGAUCUGGCCCUCCCUGGAUGUGGGUUAUCAUUUUGUGGCAGCGGUUUUCUACCUCGGUGCGUCGGUGCCUCUGGCGUAUAUCACCCUUAUAAGAGGAGAGGCUGUGAAACUUAUCCCAAGUGGUGUGCCGCUUAAUCCGCUAAUGGAGGAAAUUCUCAAAAAGUACCGACUGAGCAUCGCUGCAGUGGUGAUGUCCUUUCUGGCUACUCUCCUCUACUUCCUCCAUACCAUCUUCUCCGCUAUUCGAUGGAGGAGGUCCUAAAAAGCACCAACAACAACCACAAAUAAAAAGAACAAGAGGACCAAAAACCGAAGAAACCAAAUAACCCACUGAUCUGUCAUUGGAAUAAAUACAGAAUUACGUUUUUUUUUUGUCCGUUUAAUUUUCAUCUCAGACAGUCUGAAAAAUAACCAAAGUGCCAAAACAUCAAAUGAACGAAUGAGCGUAAAACAAGCAGUCAGAAAUAAAUGUGGUAUAAGGAAGGUGGAUAAAUAAGUGUAUAAAUAAUCAGUAAAAGCAUUUAUGAGCAGGUAGUACAUUAGGAUACAUGAAGACACAUUUAUGAAAAAACUUAACAAGAGAAAAGUCUUAAAGGGUCAGUUCACCCAAACUACAAAAAACAACCCCGUAUGUUCUGUAUGUUAGAACAAGCUGUCACUGUUUUCAUUGGGAUUGUUCACAGUAACCAGGACUAUGUUGCUGGAUUUCACAAGUCUGAGCUCCACAGAUUAAACUUCAUUCACCUCCAUUGUACUAGUGUGCAGGCUGAAAUCUUUUAAAGAGGAAUAUCUUAAAACCUAGACAAAUAAAACCAAAACUAUCUGAAUGGCCAGAUACCACAGUAGAUAAGGUAACCAGCGUUAAAGUUCAGAUAUUUACAAGUCUGUCUUGUUAAUUAUUGGCAAACGUUGGCCCAGGCUGUUGAGCUUACAUGUUAAAGAGGUACUCCAGGGAUUUAGUAGUAAAAGAAUAGUCAAACUUGAAAUAGCAGAGGCCGAUAUAUCGUUACUUUUAUGGUGCAUACACACAUAUGGAUACCAAGUAGUCGGCGUUUUCUGGUUUCUCAUAAAUCUGUAGUUCUGUGUGUGUUUUGUUGCGUACAUAAUUUAAAUACUGUGCUCUGUGCAUUGACAAAAUCACAUUAUAUCCAUUAAAUUUGUGUUUGAUUAUGUUCCAUGCUUGCUUGGUUUUCAUGCUUUUCUGUAUUAGGUGCCAAGUCGGAGUUUGCUUGUUGUAGUUAUGACUUGGAUGUUAACGCUAUUUACAAGUCAGAAGCACGUAAUUGCUGUAAUUACCACGUCAAUGAGCCACACCGUUGCAGUGGGUGACAUGUUCUUUGGCCCUGAAGAGUUUGGGCACGUUAGUUUGUUUGGAAAUGGCUCCAAUGUCGUAGCUCAUUGAUGUGUUUUUGAUAGUUUUUUGGAUAAAAAUGGUGAUCUACGGCACAGAGGAAUAAGAUAUUGGCUCU